AACAUUUGUAGUUUUUUUGCAGACAGAUUAAUUUCUAAGUUUGAAUGCACAAUGCGUGCGCUAAAUAACAGCGUGGAUUCCCAGGAUGUUCCGCGCGACGAGGGUCUGGCCCGGGUGGAAAUCGCCCUGCUCGGUGUGAUCUUCCUGACUGCCGCCAUCCUCAACAGCCUCCUGCUGCUGCUCCUCUGGAGGCAGCGCAAGCAGAUGUCCCGCAUGCGCGUCUUCGUCUUCCACCUGUGCCUGGCGGACCUGGUGGUCGCCUUUUUCCAGGUGUGCCCCCAGCUAAUGUGGGACAUCACGGACCGGUUCGUGGGACCGGACCUUCUGUGCCGACUUGUGAAAUACCUGCAAGUCCUGGGCAUGUUUUCCUCCACUUAUAUGAUCGUGGUGAUGACGCUGGACAGAUACCAAGCCAUCUGCAACCCGAUGGUGAAGUUUCAGCGGGCGCGCACCAGAGUGAACGUCCCCGUGUGCGUGGCGUGGGGAGUUUCUUUGGUGGGCAGCUUGCCGCAGGUUUUUAUUUUCUCCCAAGUGGAGAUCUCACCCGGUGUGUUUGAUUGCUGGGCGGAAUUCAUCCAGCCGUGGGGGCUGCAGACUUACAUCACAUGGACCACUCUGGUUAUUUUCAUCCUGCCAGUUUCUACAGUUGUUUUCUGCCAGGUGCGCAUCUGCAGAGCCAUUCAGACCAACCUGUCCAAGAAGCCUCAUAAGCAGGGAUUAACCGUAGGUCUCCCCCUGCCAUCCAGAGCCAGCGGAGCGGCUGGGAUGUCUAAAGCCAGGGUGAAGACACUGAAGAUGACAGUGGUCAUUGUGUUGGCUUACAUUAUCUGCUGGGCUCCUUUUUUCACCGUCCAGCUGUGGUCCGCCUGGGACGCACAUGCGCCUACAGAGACUGCAAUUUUCACCAUCCUGAUGCUGCUGGCCAGCCUGAACAGCUGUGCCAAUCCCUGCAUCUACCUGCUAUUCUGUGGGGAGUUUCCAAGGAGGCUGGUGAAGCUCCUGUGUCCACGGCCACUUUCUAUUGGUAAGGACCCAAUGCAUGAGGAAGCCACUCUUCUCAGCACUUUGUAUAUGAGCUUUAAAAGUGCCUCAGACUCAAAGGGAUUAUAGUAUUCUGCCAUAAACAAAGGACGAACGUGGAGAUAAAGUAAAGAAGAUCUUACUCUUCAAAGGCCUCCCAUAGACUGACUACAGUGAAAACUUUUUGUAACAUAAUGGACUAUUUCUCAAACCUGAAUGGGACUGGACUUGCUUCUUAUUCUCAGCUGCACAGUGUUUAACAUUUUUUUUUAUACGAAGGUUAGUUAAAAUUGCUACAAUUACAAAAAAAUAAAGCCAUAGUCCCUUGAGUUAGAUUCAGAUUGUUAAAUCAUUUGCUAGAUUUGUGUUUCA